UAGAAUUAUGAUGUGUCAACGAGCAUCAAGCUUUAACUAGUAAACAGGACCUAUAGUUGUUUUAAAAUGAUUUUGUGAUAAAAAUUAUAAACUGGAGAUCUGUUAUAAUGUCAGUCGUAAUUGAAACCACACUGGGAGAUAUUACUGUAGAUCUUUAUUUAGAUCAACGACCAGUAACAUGUUUAAACUUCUUGAAGUUGUGCAAGAUGAAAUACUAUAACUACAAUUUGUUUCAUACAAUACGAAACGGUUUCAUUGCUCAAACUGGUGAUCCCAGUGGUGAAGGAUCGGGAGGACAAUCAAUAUGGGGUAUUCUAGAAGGACCGCACAAACGCUUUUUCUCUGGCGAGAAAAUGCCCAAGAUUCGUCACACCGACGCUGGUUUGCUAUCCAUGGUAUGUACCGAUGAUAUGAUGGUAGGUUCGCAAUUCUUUUUCACACUUGCGCCCGAUUUAAACUCUUUAGAUGGAACACAUUGUGUAAUAGGUGAAGUAACUGAAGGGCAUGAUGUACUAACUAAGCUUAAUGAAGUAAUAUGUGAUGAAUCCUAUCGUCCAUACAGAGAUGUAAGAAUUACACAUACAGUUAUACUUGAAGAUCCUUUCAACGACCCUCCCGGGUUGAGAGCUCCAUCAAGGUCGCCAUCUCCAAGUGCAGAACGCUUAAAGGGUGGUAGAAUUGCUCCAGAUGAAGAAAUUGAUGAAGCACAGGGCAAAACUGCCGAGGAAAUCCAAGAAAUGAUUGAAGAAAAGGAAGCAAAGGCUAGAGCAACAAUUUUAGAAAUUGUUGGUGAUUUACCUGAUGCUGAAAUAGCACCUCCUGAAAAUGUUUUAUUUGUAUGUAAACUCAAUCCAGUCACAACAGAUGAAGACUUGGAAAUAAUAUUUAGUCGUUUUGGUAAAAUAGUAAGCUGUGAAGUUAUUAGAGACAAAAAGACUAGUAACUCUUUACAAUAUGCUUUUAUUGAAUUUGACAAUAAAAAAUCUUGUGAAGAUGCUUACUUUAAAAUGGACAAUGUGUUGAUUGAUGAUCGCCGAAUUCAUGUUGACUUUUCACAGUCAGUAUCUAAAAUGAGAUGGUUAGGGAAAGGUCGAGGUGUUCAGUAUUUUGAUGACGAUUCAAACAAAAAAUCUCAGAGAAACACAAAUAGAAAUAGUCACAGACAACAACAAACUGAUGACACAAACCAUAGGAGGCGUUAUGAAAAUGAUAGAAAUGGUAAAGAAAGUCAUAGACAUGAUAAAGAAAGAGACAGUUAUAGGGACCACAAAGAUAAGCCAAAAGAUAAAAAUGUUAGGAGUAGUGAUAGAGAAAGUAAAAUAUAUAACCGAAAGCGUAGUAGAAGUCGAUCUAGAAAAGAUAAUUCACAAGAUAGAAUACACGAAAGAAGACAAGAUAAGACGAGAUAUCCUAAAGAUAUGAGUAAGUCUAGAGAGGACAGAGAAAAAAAGAAAGAAUCACAUGAAUAUGUUGAGAAUAAAAGGGAUAAUCGUAAUUAUUAUAAUUCAAGAUCAUCACCGAGUAAAAAAAUUAGAAAAGAAUCACCAUCAAAACGGCAUAGAGAGAGAGAAUUAAGCAGGAGUAGAGAUAGGAGUGACAGAAACAGACAAGAAAAUAAUGGUGUUCAUCCAAGGUAUAGAGAAUCUAAUAAUUAUACACACAAUAAAGAAAGUAAAAGUGAAAAAAUUAAAGAAAAUACUAAAGGUAUAGAAUCAAAGACACCAUCACCAGUUACGAAGGAAACUAAAACACAAUCCUCAAAAUCACAAAAGAAAACUAAAAAGAGUUGCAAAGAGAAGACAGAAGACUCAAAAUCCAAAAAGAAGGAACGUAAAACUAAAAAACGUAAGCGCUCAACAUCAUCUUCAGAAUCAUCGGAUUCAAGUUCUAGCAGUGAUAGCAGUUCAAGUGAAAGUGAUAGAAGGAAAAAGAAAAUCAGAAGAAAAAAGAGAAAAUAUUCAACAUCUAGCAGUAGUUCUGAGAGCACCUCAAGCAGCUCAUCAAGCAGUUCGGACACCAGUACAGUGUCAAGUUCCAGUACCGAUAGUAGCUGCAAAAAGAAACGUCAAAAGAAAAAACUUGUGAAGAAAAGCAAAAAGAAGUUAUAGGCUUAACUUAAAAUCAUAUUACAUAUUUUUUUAAAAUUGAUCUAGUACAAUAAAUUUUGCAAUGUUUUUAUAUUAUUUUUUUUUUUUAAACAACCUCAAAUAAAUAUAUGGAAAUUGAUUGCUUUUAACAAUGUAAUGUUUAAUGAAAUAACUGUGCCUUCAUAUUAACCUCAUACCAAUUAGUACAUGCAUAGGUGAUUUAAAAUAUAAGCAAUAUUACCAAAAUUUUAUUAACAUUGUUUAGAGAUUUUACAUUUAUAAUCUGUGGCUUAGCACAAUAUUAAGUAAUUGUGAUACCAUUGUGAGUUUGACCUUUUACGAUAGUAUAAUAAUUAAAUGUAUUAUGUACCUAAUUAUUAAGAUUGUUUGUUUUUACGAUUACAAAUCCGUUUGGAAUAUGAUAAAGUAUUUUUUCUUUCUAUUCUUUCAAACAUUCAAUAAUCGAAUGUAAAAUUAAUUAACCAAAUAAAGCAUUAUUUCUAUG